AUGAGGAGAGGGAACCAGAGCAGUGUGUCUGAGUUCAUUCUCCUGGGGCUCCCCAUCCAGCCAGAGCAGCAGGGCAUCUUCUUCACACUGUUCCUGAUCAUGUACCUGACCACGGUGCUGGGGAACCUGCUCAUCAUCCUGCUCAUUAGGCUGGACUCUCGCCUCCACACCCCCAUGUACUUCUUCCUGUGCCACCUGGCCUUCUCUGAUACCUCCUUAUCAUCUGUCACCGUCCCAAAGAUGCUCAGCAACAUGCAGACUCAGCACCUGUCCAUGCCUUUUGAGGGGUGCAUUACUCAAUUAUAUUUUUUCUUGCUCUUUGUAGCUGUUGACAAUUUUCUUCUUGGAGUGAUGGCAUAUGACAGGUAUGUGGCCAUCUGCCACCCACUGCACUACAUGGUCAUCAUGAAGGAGGAGCUGUGUGACUUAUUGGUGGCUGGAUCUUGGUUCCUCUCUUGUAUGCGUGCCCUGCUGCACACCCUGCUCCUGUCCCGCCUCAUGCAGAAGGGGAACCGGAGCAGUGUGUCUGAGUUCAUCCUCCUGGGGCUCCCCAUCCAGCCAGAGCAGCAGGGCAUCUUCUUCACCCUGUUCCUGGCCAUGUACCUGACCACAGUGCUGGGGAACCUGCUCAUCAUCCUGCUCAUCAGGCUGGACUCUCGCCUCCACACCCCCAUGUACUUCUUCCUCAGCCACUUGGCCUUUUCUGACAUUUCCCUUUCAUCUAUUACAGUUCCAAAAAUGCUGGUGAAUAUUCAGACUGGGCAACAAUCCAUCUCCUACAAGGCAUGCAUCUCUCAGAUGUAUUUUUUUGUUCUCUUUUGCUGUCUGGAUAAUUUCCUUCUUGCAGUGAUGUCCUAUGACAGGUAUGUGGCCAUCUGCCACCCACUGCACUAUAUAACUAUCAUGAGGGAGGAGCUGUGUGUCUGGUUAGUUGCUGGAUCCUGGUUUUUUAGUUGUGUCCAUGCCCUACUGCACACCCUCCUCUUGGUUCAACUGUCCUUCUGUGCCAGUAAUUCCAUCCCUAACAUUUUCUGUGACCUCACUGCUCUCCUGAAGCUGAGCUGCUCUGACAUCUCACUCAAUGAGCUUGUCAUCUUCACUGAGGGAGGGCUACUUUUCAUCCUGCCUUUGAGUAGUAUCCUGGGCUCUUAUAUUCAUAUAGCGAGCGCUGUCUUGAGGGCCCCUUGCACUAAAAGAUUCUUUAAAACCUUUUCUAGCUGUGGCUCACAUCUCUUUGUGGUGUCUUUAUACUAUGGGACACUUGCAGGUGUUUAUUUUUUCUCUUCAUUUCAGAACUCCGGCAACAAUGAUGUAAUUGCUUCUGUAAUUUAUACAGUAGUUACACCCUUGCUGAAUCCUUUCAUCUAUAGCCUGAGGAAUAGAGAUAUAAAACAGGCCUUGGAAAUUUUUGUCAGUAAGACCAACUUCUUUAAAUGA